CCUUACCUUCAAAAAGUUAAAAAUGUCUGGAGCCUGCAUCUCUUAAAGGGGCGGUGCUGGCUGCAAGGAGUCUUGGCACCGGCUGCGAGAAAGGCUGGUCAGGGGCGUGAGUUCCCCUCCACCAACACCAAAACAUUGCAAAAAAAGGCAGAGCGCCCCACACUUUAGAUAAGGACAAUUAGCCACCAGCGAGCCCCUGCAGACAGCGAGUUAAUUAGGGGUUUCCUGCUCUCCGGCAUGCCCUGUCCCAGCUCCUGCCCCCCAGGGCUCUUAGCCCUGAUGGCACCUGGGCUGGCCCUCAUAGCCACCUUCUCGCUGCCCUCCCAGGCUGGGGACAGGAGAACACUGCCGGUGGAGAAACCUCCAGGUGUGAAGGGAAGAACUCUCAUUCUCCUUGAUGUCAACACCAAGAGCCCUGUCAGGAUAAUCAGUGAGAAUUUCCUCUCCCUGCAGCUGGACCCCUCCAUCAUUCAUGAUGGCUGGCUCGAUUUCUUAAGCUCCCGGCGGCUGGUGACCCUGGCGCGGGGCCUGGCCCCCGCCUUCCUGCGCUUCGCGGGCAAGAGGACGGACUUUCUGCAGUUCCACAACGUGAAGAACCCGGCCAAGAGCCGCGGCGGGCCCGGCCCCGACUACUACCUCAAGAACUACGAGGACGACAUUGUUCGCAGCGACAUUGCCCUGGAUAAGCAGAAAGGCUGUAAGAUCGCCCAGCAUCCUGACAUAAUGUUGGAGCUACAGAGGGAAAAGGCAGCUCAGAUGCACUUGGUUUUGUUAAAGGAGCAGUUUUCAAACACAUACAGCAACCUCACACUAACAGCCAGGUCUCUAGACAAACUCUAUAACUUUGCUGACUGCUCUGGCCUUCACCUGAUCUUUGCACUGAAUGCUUUGCGCCGAAAUCCCAACAACUCCUGGAACAGCUCCAAUGCCCUCAGCCUGCUGAAGUACAGCGCCAGCAAGAAGUACAACAUCUCCUGGGAGCUGGGCAAUGAGCCCAAUAACUAUCGGACACUGAUUGGCCGCUCGGUGAAUGGCAGCCAGCUGGGAAAGGACUACACCCAACUGAGAAGCCUGCUGCAGCUUAUCCGCACUUACUCCAGAGCACAUCUCUAUGGGCCGAACAUUGGAAGGCCCAGAAAGAAUGUCAUUGCUUUCCUGGAAGGGUUCAUGAAAGUGGCUGGUGGCACGGUGGAUGCUGUUACCUGGCAACAUUACUACAUUGAUGGUCGAGUGGCCAAAGUGACAGACUUCCUGAAAACGCGCCUGUUAGACACACUGUCAGACCAGAUCAGGAAAAUCCAGAAGGUAGUGAACACGUACACACCAGGGAAGAAGAUCUGGCUGGAAGGUGUUGGCAUGACCUCAGCAGGAGGCAUGAACAACCUCUCCGAUUCAUACGCAGCCGGGUUCCUGUGGCUGAACACGCUGGGCUUGCUGGCCAGCCAGGGCAUCGACGUGGUGGUGCGGCAUUCCUUCCUCGACCACGGCCACAACCACUUGGUGGACCAGAACUUCAACCCCUUGCCGGACUACUGGCUGUCCCUGCUUUACAAGCGCCUCAUUGGUCCCAAGGUGCUGGCGAUCCACGUGGCCGGUCUCCAGAGGAAGCCCCGGCCCGGCAGAGUCAUUCGCGACAAGCUCCGCAUUUACGCCCACUGCACCAGCUACCACAAUCACAACUAUGUCCGGGGAUCCAUCACCCUUUACAUCAUCAACCUGCAUCGCUCCCGGAAGAAAAUCAAGCUGGCGGGGACGCUGCGGGAUAAGAUUGUCCACCAGUACCUGCUGCAGCCCUACGGCAAGGACGGGCUCCACUCCAAGUCGGUCCAGCUCAACGGGCAGCCGCUGGCCAUGGUGGAUGACGGGACUCUCCCCGAGCUGAAGCCUCGCCCGCUGCGGGCCGGCCGCACCCUGGUCAUCCCCCCGCUGACUAUGAGCUUCUACGUGGUGAAGAAUGUGAACGCACUGGCGUGUCGGUACCGAUAACCUGCGGCCCACAAUGGACUCGCCAGCCCCGCUCCCGCCCCUGUGCACUGCCCAGGUCACGCUGCCUCCUUGGCAGCCCACGCAGCCUCGCCGUGGGGCCGUGCCGAGCAGCUCCACGCCAUGCUCUCAUCCUCACCCCCAGGAUGUCCCCCACCUUGGCACCACUCCUGCCCUGUGACCGCGGAGCCCUGGCCACCAUCCCGCCAGAGCAGUGCAACAGCCAGUGUGCAGGGCCUGCCACCCUCCGUCCUGUGAGCUGCGAGAAGCACCCGGGGCCUGGUGCCCACUGGCUGCAGGGAGGGUUGGGGUGCUGAGCCCCGGUAUAUCCCGGGACGGACACUCUCCCCGACCCCUGGUCCCGCUGCCCCUCGGGACGACCCCUCCAGCAGCCGGACCCCUCUCCGGAGGCGGGCGGUGCUCCGGUGCAGCAAGCAAAAGGAAGCAGCUCCCUCUACUGCCGCCGGGAUGCC